CAGUGCGCCGCCUCCAGGGGAUUGUGGGAACUGCGUUGACCCUCUGUUCGGCCACCGCGGAGCCGCCCUCUGUGCUUAGCUGCCGAUCGUCCGUCCGGCGCAGGCCGCUGUGCGAGGCGGCGCCCAGAAAGGAAACCAUGGGGACAGUGCACGCCCGGAGUUUGGAGCCUCUGCCAGUAGGUGGACCUGACUUUGGAGCUUUAGGAGAAGAAGCUGAAUUUGUUGAAGUUGAACCUGAAGCUAAACAGGAAAUUCUUGAAAACAAAGAUGUGGUUGUUCAACAUGUUCAUUUUGAUGGACUUGGAAGGACUAAAGAUGAUAUCAUCAUGUAUGAAAUUGGAGAUGUUUUUAAGGCUAAAAACCUUAUUGAUGUAAUGCGGAAAUCUCAUGAAGCCCGUGAAAAACUGCUUCGACUGGGAAUUUUUAGACAAGUGGAUGUUUUGAUUGAUACAUGCCAAGGUGAUGAUGCACUUCCAAACGGUUUGGAUGUUACCUUUGAAGUAACUGAAUUAAGGAGAUUAACGGGCAGUUAUAACACCAUGGUUGGGAACAACGAAGGCAGUAUGGUACUUGGCCUCAAACUCCCUAACCUUCUAGGACGUGCAGAAAAGGUGACUUUUCAGUUUUCCUACGGAACAAAAGAAACGUCAUAUGGCUUGUCCUUCUUCAAACCACAGCCCGGAAACUUCGAAAGAAAUUUCUCUGUAAACUUAUAUAAAGUUACUGGACAGUUCCCUUGGAGCUCACUUCGGGAGACAGACAGAGGAGUAUCAGCUGAGUAUAGUUUCCCCGUGUGGAAGACGAGCCACACUCUCAAGUGGGAAGGUGUGUGGCGAGAGCUGGGCUGCCUGGCGAGAACUGCGUCUUUUGCCGUUCGACGAGAAAGUGGGCAUUCUCUUAAAUCAUCUCUCUCGCACGCCAUGGUCAUCGAUUCUCGAAAUUCUUCCAUCUUACCAAGACGAGGUGCUUUGCUGAAAAUUAACCAGGAACUAGCAGGCUACACUGGAGGAGAUGUGAGUUUCAUAAAAGAAGAUUUUGAGCUUCAGUUGAAUAAGCAACUCGUGUUGGAUUCAGUUAUUUCAGCAUCUCUCUGGGGUGGAAUGUUGGUCCCCAUGGGGGAUAAACCAUCAAGUAUCGCUGACAGGUUUUACCUUGGUGGACCAACAAGUGUUCGUGGCUUCAGCAUGCACAGUAUUGGACCACAAAGUGAAGGAGACUACCUGGGUGGAGAAGCGUACUGGGCUGGCGGCCUGCACCUGUACACCCCAUUACCUUUCCGGCCAGGCCAGGGCGGCUUUGGAGAACUUUUCAGAACACACUUUUUUCUCAAUGCAGGAAAUCUUUGCAACCUCAACUAUGGGGAGGGCCCCAAAGCCCACAUUCGUAAGCUGGCCGAAUGCAUUCGCUGGUCUUACGGCGCUGGAGUUGUCCUCAGGCUCGGCAACAUUGCUCGGCUGGAACUUAAUUACUGCAUCCCCAUGGGGGUCCAGAGGGGUGACAGGAUCUGUGAUGGUGUCCAGUUUGGUGCUGGGAUAAGGUUCCUAUAGUGGAAACAAAACAACCUCAACUCCUUCCAGGAGAAGCUUGGGGAUAUGGGCAGCAGUGAGUCGCUCAAACUACUCACUUUCUUUCAGAAUAAAUGCAUUUGAAUGAUUCUUUAACCGUGUCCCUUAUGGGGAGCCAUGCCAAUAAAUUUUAAAGACAACUUCGCA